GAAUGGAUUAUUCUUACAGAUACAAAAAAUACAGGAGCUUAUUUGCAAACCUCUAGCAUGCCGUCACCUCAAACAGACUUUUGCCCCUGAGCAUAGAGGCUGCUUCCUAGGUGUCACACAUCCACGAAACUGAACCAACCAUGUCAUCUGCAAAAAAGCAAUCGGAUUCCAGUUCAGUUCCUGCACCCCCGACUUUGCCUGCACCCCUCAGUGACUUGAAGAUUAAGUAUACCAAGAUAUUUAUAAAUAAUGAGUGGCAUGCUUCAACUAGUGGCAAAAAGUUCCCCGUCAUUAACCCUGCAACUGGAGAGAAGAUCUGUGAGGUGGAAGAAGGAGAUAAGGAGGAUGUUGACAAGGCUGUUAAAGCAGCAAGAAAAGCUUUUGAGCUUGGCUCCCGCUGGCGAACAAUGGAUGCUUCGGAAAGGGGAAGGCUGUUGAACAAACUGGCUGAUUUAAUUGAAAGGGAUCGCCUCCUCUUAGCUACAAUGGAGAGCAUUGAUGCAGGGAAACUUUUUCCCAAUUCCUAUCUAAUGGACUUAGGUGGCUGUAUCAAUACUUUACGCUACUGUGCAGGUUGGGCUGAUAAAAUCCACGGCCGUACCAUCCCAAUGGAUGGAAACUAUUUCACAUAUACAAGACACGAGCCUGUUGGAGUCUGUGGUCAAAUUAUUCCUUGGAACUUCCCACUGGUAAUGUUCAUCUGGAAGAUAGCCCCUGCUCUCUCUUGCGGAAACACCGUGGUCAUCAAACCGGCAGAGCAGACUCCACUCACUGCUCUUCAUAUGGGCUCUUUAAUUAUAGAGGCAGGAUUUCCACCUGGAGUUGUGAAUAUUGUUCCAGGAUAUGGACCCACUGCUGGAGCAGCCAUUUCCAAUCAUAUGGACAUAGAUAAAGUGGCCUUCACAGGCUCCACCGAGGUUGGAAAAAUGAUCAAAGAAGCUGCUGGAAGGAGCAAUUUGAAGAGGGUCUCUCUGGAACUUGGAGGAAAAAGUCCCAAUAUCAUCUUUGCAGAUGCUGACUUGGACAGUGCUGUUGAAUAUGCACAUAUUGGCCUAUUCUACCAUCAGGGGCAAUGUUGUAUAGCUGGAUCUAGGAUUUUUGUGGAAGAGCCAAUAUAUGAUGAAUUUGUACGUAGAAGUAUAGAAAGAGUUAAGAAAAUUCAGCUUGGAAAUCCCCUGAAUGCUGGAAUAAAUCAAGGUCCUCAGAUUGAUAAGGAACAGUAUGAUAGAAUACUGGCACUCAUUGAGAGUGGGAAAAAAGAAGGAGCCAAACUGGAAUGUGGAGGAGGCCCCUGGGGAGACAAAGGCUUCUUCAUCCAGCCCACAGUGUUCUCGGAUGUUACAGAUGACAUGCGCAUUGCCAAAGAGGAGAUAUUUGGACCAGUCCAGCAGAUUAUGAAAUUCAAAACAAUUGAUGAAGUCAUCAAAAGAGCAAACAACACUCACUAUGGCCUAUCAGCUGCAGUGUUUACCAAAGACAUUGAUAAAGCGCUGACAUUUACAGCUGCUCUUCAGGCUGGAACAGUCUGGGUUAACUGCUAUAGUGCAAUGGCUUCUCAGUGUCCUUUUGGAGGAUUCAAAAUGUCAGGAAAUGGUCGUGAGAUGGGAGAGUAUGGCCUUCAUGAAUAUACAGAAGUUAAGACUGUCACAAUCAAAAUUCCACAGAAGAAUUCAUAAUGUCACUGCACGGAAUAGAACUUGGCAAUUCCCGUGGCUAAGCAAAGUUGUGAAGGCCUGCAGUACAGCAAAAUAUUUUGUAGCUGAAGUUUUCAUUUAAAUUUGAUUUUUUUCCUUUCUAUCUAUAAAAAUAAAUUCUUUUAACUUUUAACAGUCAUUUUAAAAAAUCUGUUUUACUAAGAAAGGGAAAUCUUAAGCAGGCUUUGAAUUCUGUUGGAAAAAAUAUUUUGCCUAAUUUGAGUAUAACUUAGCUCUGUGAAAAAGAAAUUAUUAACAAAUAAUAUUUACACAGUUCAGGGUAGUGUGCUGUUUAUAGUAUUAUUAGCUGCCUUUGUUAUGAGCUUGGAAAAAGCACUUACAUAUAUAUCAAACAGAUGCUUUGUUAUCGGUGGGAAUCAUUAGCAACUUUCUGAUAAAUGGUGUAACUUCAGAUAUGUUCAUAUUAACUUCUAUACACAAGUGUUUUGGAUGUAAACUUUAUUAAAAUCUACCCAUUAAACUGUUA